CCAAACAAAAGGAACGUCACCAGGUGACGUCAGCCUAUAUACAGUUCUGUGUGGUCGCAGCGCAUAAGCAAAUCCAUUCUUGUAUCGUUUCCCUGAAAAGCUUUUCAGUAAAUGCACUCAUGCUACUACAGGAGCUUCUCUCAGCAAUAAGCCACCCAUCUGCCAUCAACAAGUUAAGACUAAAAGAACCCACAGCCGCGGAAAAAGAACGUGAGCUUCAAUAAAACCACUGAGCAGUCACAGGAGGAGGAAAAAACCCAACAAUUUAUAUUCAGCAUCGAUUCCACAAUUACAGACCUGUCACAUGAAAUCAAGUCAACGAAUUUAAAAGGAGUAUUUUGAGAGAGCAUGGUGGAUUCAGUCUUACGCUAAUAUCGAAGGACACUAGAAAACAGUAAAUUAUUCAAAGGCUGUCUUACAUUAGAGCCUUUUACAGACUCACUGCGUUGAGUCUAAAACUACGACUGAAUGCAACCUCCAAUGUACUCAAAAGAAUGGGCUUACAUUUCAAGUGGCCAUUAGGGGCUCCUAUGCUGGCAGCACUAUAUGCAAUGAGUAUGGUUUUAAAAUUGCUGCCUGCCUUGGGCAUGGCUUGUCCACCAAAAUGUCGCUGUGAGAAGCUACUCUUUUACUGUGACUCUCAGGGGUUUCACUCAGUGCCAAACACCACUGACAAGGGCUCUCUAGGUUUGUCACUGAGGCACAAUUAUAUUUCUGAACUUGAAAGGGAUCAAUUUGCAAGCUUCAGUCAACUUACUUGGCUUCACUUAGAUCAUAAUCAAAUUGCAACAGUAAGAGAAGAUUCUUUUCAAGGACUAUAUAAACUUAAGGAAUUAAUCCUAAAUUCAAACAAAAUCUUUUAUUUGCCAAACACAACUUUUAGCCAACUGCUGAACCUGCAGAAUUUGGACCUCUCUUUUAAUCAGUUAUCCUCUCUGCAUCCUGAGUUGUUUUAUGGACUUCGCAAGCUGCAAACCUUGCAUUUACGUUCCAACUCCCUGCGGACUAUCCCAGUCCGCCUUUUCUGGGACUGUCGUAGUCUGGAGUUUCUGGAUCUGAGCACAAAUCGCUUGCGAAGUUUGGCUCGCAAUGGAUUUGCAGGAUUAAUCAAAUUGAGGGAGCUUCACCUAGAGCACAACCAGCUGACAAAGAUUAAUUUUGCUCAUUUCCUACGGCUAAGCAGUCUGCACACACUCUUCUUGCAGUGGAACAAAAUUAGCAACUUGACAUGUGGGAUGGAGUGGACCUGGGGCACCUUAGAAAAGCUGGAUUUGACUGGAAAUGAAAUCAAAGCCAUUGAUUUGACAGUUUUUGAAACUAUGCCUAAUCUUAAAAUACUCCUAAUGGAUAACAACAAGCUAACCACUCUGGAUUCCAAGAUCUUAAAUUCACUUACAUCCAUAACUACAGUGGGCCUCUCCAGCAAUCUGUGGGAAUGCAGUCCAAAGAUAUGUGAAUUAGCCACAUGGCUGAGUGGUUUUCAAGGUCGGUGGGAGCACUCCAUACUGUGCCACAGCCCAGACCACACCCAAGGAGAGGAUAUUCUAGAUGCGGUUUACGGUUUUCAGCUUUGCUGGAAUUUAUCAACUAUUGUUACAUCCAUGGUUACGAGUUACAGAUCUCCAACUACUGAGUAUACAAAAAGAAUAAGCUCAUCAAAUUUCCAUAUGGGAGACAAAGAAAUUCCAACUACUGCAGGAAUAGUUGUUACUACUGAAGAACAUUUCACUGAACCAAACAAUGCCAUCUUCACUCAGCGGGUAAUUACAGGAACAAUGGCUUUAUUAUUUUCUUUCUUUUUUAUCAUUUUUAUAGUGUUCAUCUCCAGAAAAUGCUGCCCUCCCACAUUAAGAAGAAUUAGGCAGUGUUCAAUGAUUCAAAACCACAGGCAACUCCGAUCCCAAACACGGCUACAUAUGUCAAACAUGUCAGACCAAGGACCAUAUAAUGAAUAUGAACCGACCCAUGAAGGACCUUUCAUCAUCAUUAAUGGCUAUGGACAGUGCAAGUGUCAGCAGCUGCCAUAUAAAGAAUGUGAAGUAUAAUAUCUACAAGUCAUCAAAAAUUAAAUCAGAUAAGUAACCUAUUUUAAAAUUGAUGGGGACCUACAUAUGAUUCUAAUUUUUACAAAUGUUGACAUAAACCCUAGUUUUCCAAACUAUUUAAUGGAGGCAUUGUUUUUGAAGUCGUGCAGUAUUUUAAAGUUUUUUUUUUAAUAAAAUCAUAUUUUCAGUGUUAAAGCAGCAAUGAUUACAUUAAAUUUGCACUCAAUGUUUGAAAGUCUAAAAAGAUGCUCACCUCAAAACAUGUACAAUGUUUCAUGUUAUGUAAUUAUAUAACUAUGUGUAAAUAUUUAUACUUAAGUCUCCAUAGUCUACUUUUUCUAAUGAAAAUAGUCUGAAUGAAAGGAACCUAGAUAUAUGUACAGAGAUCUGCGAGGGAACAUGCAUUACAUUUGUUCCAUUGUAGCUAUGUGAUCACAAACAUUCCAGUUGGCUCAGUUCACUUUUCAAGGUUGACUUUUAGGAAGAUUUUCCUUCUGUGAUAAUCUGACUCUUAAAUCUACAAUCAGAGAAGAACGGGAAGGGGAUUUUUCAAGUGUAUUGGAGACUGGUAAUUUUAAAUAUUGUUUUCCUACCUCCAUAUUGAUAGUCAGCCUUGCCUAAAUGUACCUUUGCUAAAGCUCACAGCAAAUUUACAAUACAGCAGUUUUAUAUAGUUAGAAACUGACUCUCCAAAUGCUUAGAAAGUAUUCAAGCGCUUAUGUAGGAAGACUCGAUACAAUGCAAUCAAUUCUAAGUAUUAAAUGUGUUUAACUCUUAUUAGAUCUCUGGUUUGACUUGAUAAUUGGCACAGCUUUUCAAAUAAUUUAGGCAAAUUAUUUGGGACUAUGAAUGAAGGGUAUUUCAACAGCUUCUCAUGUGUAAAUACUCAAUGCAAAUUUUAACGAAAAGCAAACAUCAAUUUGGGGGUAAAAAGGGACUAGGGAGGGAAGAAGCCUCUCCUCUCCUCCCCACAGCAGUUUCUUCAUCUUGCCUAGAAGCUAUUUUCAUGCACUAACACGACAAGUUUCUCUGGAGACAGAAUUAACCCCUGCAAUAUAAGCUUUCACUUAUCCUAUUAUUGUGAAACCCCCAACCUUCCCAAAGUCAAAGUAGUUAAACAUUUUUUUAAAAUUGUUCAGUUGAUAAAUUAUAAUUAGCUUAGAAAGUAUUUAAUUGAAAAAUGUUUAAUUUUAUACUUCAGUGAUAUGAAAUGGGAUUUAAGGUCCUAUGCUAUUUGCUAUUUACUCACCUUGGAAACUCAAUUUUCUUUUAUCCAGAAGUAGCAUGUGCUAUAAACUCUAUUAUGAAAUUACAUGUAAAUAUUUGGAGAUCUAUGCAGCCACAGUGGGUUUAGACACCACAAAUAUAAAAUUACAAUAUUUUUAAGAAAAUUGCUCAAAAUAUUGUAAACUUUAACCAAAGUUACUAGACUAAGGGGGAAUAUAAAUAUGUAUAUAUAUUUAAAAUGUGUUCUGUGUCAAAUGCUGCAGUGUUCGACAAUUAGCAGUAGCACACAACUGGAGAAAACGAUUCCUCAGUGUUGACAUACUGUAAUUAUUGAUUUAUUCAAGAUGUUAAUUAUGUGUUGUACCAAACUUCUAAAAACUUAGUACAGAUAGUCACUGCACAAGUCUGUUUUCUUAUCACUCAACAUCAUGUUUACACACACACACAGGGUACAAUUAUACAACAUUGUGAUGUUUAUUGUGAAAGGAAUAGGUCUCCGAUAAAUAAAUGGGACUUCAGAUAAUAUUUUUAUAAAUAUUUUUAAAUUAUUCUCUUAUGCUACCCACAUGCUUCCUAUUACCUUUAUGGAACACGUGAUUUAUGAGGAGACGCUGAGGGAACUGGGAUGGUUUAGUCUGCAGAAGAGAAGAAUGAGGGGGGAUUUGAUAGCUGCUUUCAACUACCUGAAAGAGGGUUCCAAAGAGGAUGGAUCUAGACUGUUCUCAGUGGUAGCAGAUGACAGAACAAGGAGCAGUGGGGGAGGUUUAGGUUGGAUAUUAGGAAAACUUUUUCACUAGGAGGGUGGUGAAACACUGGAAUGCGUUACCUAGGGAGGUGGUGGAAUCUCCUUCCUUAGACGUUUUUGGGUCAUGCUUGACAAAGCCCUGGCUGGGAUGAUUUUGUUGGGGAUUAGGUCCUGCUUUGAGCAGGGCAUUGGACUAGAUGACCUCCUGAGGUCCCUUCUAACCCUGAUAUUCUAUGAUUCUAUGUUACAUGAAACUGCAGUGUCCCAAAUUAGCAAGAAAAAAAAUGUACACAUUUUCUUAUUUGCCAUGAUUUUGUAUUCUAUUAAGGCAAGUGCAUUCAGUAAAGACUAGGUUCCCAUAAUUUUUUUAAUGAACCCAUUUACUGUUAGAACCCAAAUACAGACUGAUUUUCUUGCAUUACAACUAUCCCAACUACUUUCAGCCAUAUAGAGUACCUUCUAAACAUACAGAGGAAGGGGUAGGAGGAGGAAGAGAAGGGGAUGUUCUGAUGAUUAAAUCGCACAUGCAGUGUGGCCAGAUCUAAGUUCAAAAAGUAAAUUUACUGGCACCAAGUAUAUUGAACCACUUGUGAUAAAAGAUUAUUUAAUCUUUUACAAAUAUUAAGUGUUCGUGGUCCUUCAUUUACAUAUAAGCUUCAGUCUUGCCCUCCGAUAUGUGAGCAGGCAUCAUUUCAUAUCUUGUUAAAAAUCUGUGCACGUCUGUGAAAGCACAAUAGCUUUACUAGUGUAAAUUACUGGGUAUUAGCAGGCAGAAUCAAGCCCUUGAAGUGCUAGCUUUCGUAAGAGUCUUUGCAAGUGCGGCCUUAGGUGCAAACAGAUGUGCUCAGGAUCACUUAGAAUCACUGAUCAUUUCAGCAAUGGUGGGUAGUCAAAUGCUUUUUGCAGCUUUUUUGCUGCUUGCUGACUCAGGAAGUCAGGGCUAAAUUUCUGCUGCACCCAGCCCCUAACACAAAAGAGUAUGUUCUCUCCUUAUCCAGUAAGAUCCUACUGUUGUCCUUUGGUCCAAAAGUAACUUGAAAUCCUUCACUCCAGUGUGGAGAGGGAAGUAGUUGGUGGGGCUAUGGUUGUCAUGCUAUCCCCAGGAGUAUGUGGCUGUGUUGCAUUUGCAAUUCUGAAUAAGAGCCCUUAUUAGCAGUCAUUUUUAACAGUUUACAUUCAUGAUUAAGGAAGGCUAGCAGGGUUCCAGCCUACCUUGUCAACAGGGCUAUGUCUAAACCCAUCCCCUUGUUUGCCAUGCCCCAAAACCCAAACAGAACAAUGUUUGCCCCCAGCCAUUAGUAAUCAUCCAGUCCUCUAGAAUUUCAGCACUCUUCCCCCCCCUCACCUCCAGGAACCAGCUUUCAGCCAAUGCACCCACCCCACUUUUGAACCAGUACUCUAGGCUCAGCCUUGCCUAGAGAUGGUAAAGCAGUAAGGCGCACACACACAAUCUAAUGCCAUAUAAGCUGUGGACACAAGAUAAGAUUUAACAGCCUCUGAAUCACCCAUUUUACACAAAGUUGAUCUCCCAGCUGCCUCAGAACAUAAUUGCCACUCCCUAGCAGCAUUUAGCCUUUGACUUUAGAAGUCAACACUCAACAUUCAGUGAACGACUGUUGGACGUUCACACAUUAGACCCCAGCAGUGAACAUUACAUUCAACGUAGUGUGCGUCAUGUAAUCUAGAUGAUGCCAAACGCUGGCAAAGAAAAUUUAACCAGGUUUCCCUAAUAAUAAGCAGUAAGUAGCAAGCUAUGCGCCAGUGUCCUAUGCAAGAACUCAUUAGAGGGAGCAAUUCCAAGUGACUUUUAAAAAUUGUUUUCCAUUCAAUUGUUUGUGACUCCAUCACCACAAUAAUUUUAUUUCAUUUGGCAAACACUUAUUUCUUGUUGAGCGCAAGCCAAGGCGGCUUGGUUUAACUUGUGUUCCAGUAGCAGGACUAAUGGCCACGACCUACGUUCCAUCUUUUGGUUGCUGAGUCUAUGUUCAGAUGCACUGCACGCAGUCACAGCUCCUAUCAAGUUUAGUUGGAAUUCUUAGAGCUUAGCACUUUUACACACACAAUUAACGUGUGUAGACAAUUGAAGAAUUGCUUGCCAUCCUCUAGAGCAUUCUCCCAAUCCCACUCACCCUCUGCUCCAUUCUCCACCCAAUUUGCUCAUCCUGCACCCCCUCCAUUCCCACACCUUCAGUCUCAGUGAUAUUUGAAUCCAACAGCUGGAACCAGUUUAAAUCAUAGGACUUGAGUGGACCAGAAAUAAGGAAGAAUGAGCUCUCCCAUUUCUAGUAAUUUCUCUGCAAUGGUGGAUUUUUUCCCACUUAUUUUUAAUUUCGAAGAACAGCCUGAUAAGGCAUUGGGUGAAUCAAGUCUUGUUCCUGUACUACUUGAUAGUGCUCAGUCAACAGGAGAUUAAUACUGUUAUCAGAUGCAAGGCUAUCGGGGCCCAUAACCAUUGGGGGAUUAAGCUAGGUUUCAGUGACAAACUAAUUUAUGUGCAAAUUCAAGCGUUUGUGUCCACAUCGAGCUACAGCCCUUUGAAAACAGCCACUUAUUGCCAACACUUGAGAGCAGAAAUAUCAGCUUGCUUUUUAAGACAGAAAUCUGCACUAACACUUGUUUCCUAAUGUGCCCAAGUUAAUUUUUUUUUUUUUUACUAGUUUAAUGAAAUGAAAGUUGAUCGAAUUUUGUAAUUGGAGUAGUUUAACACUUAUCUGUUUAGAUUAAUGUAAUCAAUUUGGAAAACUAGAUUUCAUCUUCCAAAGAAGUGGAUUUCCACACAAUGACACUUCAGAGAGGAAUGGAGUCUUCCUUCACCCACAGAUAAAACAAAAUCCAGUGAGGUUUAUUAGUAGUGCCAAGUCAUUCAUGUCAAUUCCCCUUUCCACAACUAGAACUGAGAUUUAUCCAUAAACUGAGGCUGUCAGUUUUUUCUUUUAAACGAUCAUCCAUUGACUGCUAGUGGUACAGUUAAAAGCCAUUGUGUAGUCAAGUUGGGGAUCAUGCAUUUCAUAUUUUGUAUUAAACACCUUCUUUAGAGAAAAGUACUAGGGAAAGGUACUAGGAUCUAAUCAGAUCUUAUCUACUAUAUAAGGUAGGCAAACUCAUACUAUCUAAUAAGGUCAAAACAACAAACUUUCAGAUCUAUGAAGUAAGCAUACAAAAGGCUCCAUGUGCUACACUUUUAACUAAACUUUCAUAAUGGUUAAAAAACCCCCACAGAUUUUAAAACAGUAGUGAAUUUUUUCUACCAACAUUGAGACCAGAGAUUAAAAAGCGGAGUCCCGAAUGCAUUGUAUUCAAGUCAAGUUCAAGAGCCAUUUUCUGGUGGGGGUGAAAAUAUAAAAUGGAGUAAAUUGAAGUGCAGUGUACAGAAAGAUUGUUAUUAAAACUGUGUAUACCGUAAAA